AUGUUGCCAAUUAACGCUCCCCCCAUUAAUUACUCCAGUCCCUUUGGCACCCAAGUUACCACCAACAUUACAAAGGCCAACAUUACAAAGGCCAACACCCCUCUACCAACCUUACCUGGGACCAGUACGGGUUUUUGCUUGAAUACAUCAGCUCAAACCCUCAUUCCCUCUACCACCUUUCAUUCGGAAAGCAGUUCCACAUCGGGACAAACGCAUUUGUCUCAGCAAUGUCAGAAUCCUACAAAUUUAUCAACAGGUUUCCCUCCAUUUGCAAUGCCAAUGGGAUCAAAUCUGCCAAGAGUGGCAUCCAGCUAUCAUAGCAACCACAAUCAGACCAGGAGCAAUUUGUCAACCAGUCCUAUGUAUACAACCCCAUCUGGACAUCAACCCACAGUCCCGUUGAUUAAUACAAGACGUUCCCACCAAGAUUCCACCAUUCGGCUAAAAAGGAUGGCCCUACCCACAUUCUCCGGACUUAGGAAAGACUGGCCAGAGUUCAAGGCAGUCUGGAAGUCUAUGGCUGAGUCUGCAAGUUAUAAUAAAACUGCAUUAGCACACGAACUUAAGAACUCAGUUAAGGGAGAAGCCAAACACCGCAUCAAAUCUGUUUUUGUCACCAAGCCCGAAGCUUACGAUAUCAUGUGGGAAAAGCUAGAGUGUCACUAUGGAGAUACUACUGCCAGUGUACAAGCUGCUUUGGAAGAUCUUCAAAGGCUAAAACCUGUAAAAGAAGAAGAUUAUAAAGCUCUGGUUGAAUUAGUGGAUGAAGUUGAAUCCGCCUACAGUCAAUUGGAAGAGCUCAACCAGCUAAACACUUUAACCAUGCGAGAUGUAGACAACCUAACUGAUUUGUUACCUACCCAUCUUAAAGUCGACUGGAGACGAAAGUAUCGUGAUUUAUCGUCUGCGGAGAAGCUUCAACCAUUUACUCUGCUAAUGAAGUUCCUAGACAGAGAACGUUCAGUUGUGUCUCGUUUAGCCGAGAAUCAGCAUUCUAAGAAAAGAGGAAAUGACAAUGCAAGAGGAUACAGCAAAACCUAUCAUGUUGAAAGAGUGCAAAACACGGACAAAGAACCUACUACAAGUGUGCCUUCCCCACCCACAGAGAAGACACCAUAA